GUGGAAAGGGUCCUGGCUCAAGUUAGGGUAUUUGCGAGGGACGAUUGAAGAACUUGAAGACUGGAGCUUCAUGUCACGGUCACUCUGCGGCUUCAGGAGUUCAAGACACAUACUUACCCCUUACCCAGUACUCACCUUCUGCGACCCAACACAUAUUGACAUAACAGAUUGAUAGCAUCAUCGACAAUGAGGUUCCGUGAUGGACAAUGGCUGGUGGCCGAGGGCGUGCGGAUCGAGUACGCCGAGGAGGUGUACCGCAUCACGCCGACGGCCUCGGGCAAGGGAAUCAGCCUCCUGUGUCCAACACGCAAGGUCAUGACACGGGGCGACACGUUGAAUCUCAGCACCCUCAGCAUUGACAUCGAGGCUGCGUUUGACGGUGUUAUCUCAGUCGAGACAACGCAUUGGCAGGGCGCCCUCCGCCGCGGCCCCGAUUUUGAGCUGUACCCCGCCGGACGGCCCGAGGUCGAUGCCAAAGUGUCAACGACCGAGCACGGCACCACGCUGUCGUCCGGCAGUCUUUCGGCCACCGUCAGCGGCAAGCCACACGAUUUUGCCAUCUCAUUCCACCCAACCAACAACGCCAAAAAGUCGCUGACCACGCUCCUCAACCGGUCCGUCGGCCUAGCCUACACGCCUGCGCCGAGCACGCCUAUGCAGAUCGCCGACAUGCGCAACUUCAAGCACUACAUCUUCACCCAGACCACGCUGGGCGUCGGCGAGUCCGUCCACGGCCUCGGUGAACGCUUCGGGCCCUUCAACAAGGUCGGACAGAAAGUCGACCUGUGGAACGCCGACGGCGGCACGUCGUCGGACCAGGCGUACAAGAACGUCAGUUUCUGGAUGAGCUCGCGCGGCUACGGCGUAUUUAUCGACACGCCCGAGCGCGUCGAGCUCGAGAUUGGCAGCGAGCGCUGCUGCCGUGUGCAAACGAGUGUGGAGGGCCAACGCCUGCGCUGGUUCCUCAUCUACGGCCCCACCCCGCGCGACGUGCUCCGCAGGUAUGCGGUCUUGACGGGGCUUCCCGGAAAAGUGCCAGCCUGGUCAUUUGGCUUGUGGCUCAGCACGUCGUUCACCACGUCGUACGACGAGAAGACGGUCAACUCGUUCCUGGCCGGCAUGAAGGCGCGCGAUAUACCUGUUGAGGUGUUCCACUUUGACUGCUUCUGGCUCAAGGCGUUUCAGUGGUGCGACUUUGAGUUUGACCAGGAAAUGUUCCCGGAUCCGAAAGGGCAGAUUUCCCGUCUCAAGGCCGACGGCGUCGUGAAAAAGGUGUGCGUUUGGACCAACCCGUACCUCGGCCAGGCCUCGCCCGUGUUCGCUGAGGCCGCGGAAAAGGGGUACCUCCUCAAGCGCAAAAACGGGGAUGUAUUCCAGUGGGACCUGUGGCAGACGGGGAUGGGGAUUGUCGACUUCACCAAUCCGGCCGCGUGCGACUGGUUCGUCAAGUGCAUGGAAAAGCUGUUUGACACGGGCGUCGACUGCAUCAAGACCGAUUUUGGUGAGCGCAUCCCGUCUGAAGACGUGCAGUGGUUCGACCACUCGGUCGAUCCCAAGAAAAUGCACAACCACUACGCCUUCAUCUACAACAAGCUUGUCUACGAAGCCCUGCAAAAGCGCUACGGCGCUAACGAGGCCGUGCUCUUCGCCCGCAGCGCCACGGCGGGGACGCAGCGGUUCCCCCUGACCUGGGGCGGCGACUGUGAGUCGACCCCCGAGGCCAUGGCCGAGUCGCUUCGCGGCGGCCUGUCGCUGGGCCUGUCAGGCUUCGCCUUUUGGAGCGUCGACAUUGGCGGGUUCGAAGGAUACCCCCCGCCCUGGAUCUACAAGCGCUGGGUGGCGUUUGGUCUUCUCUGCUCCCACUCGCGCCUGCACGGGUCCAACUCAUACCGCGUGCCCUGGACCGUCGACGACGAUGAUACGUCUGAAGAGGGCUGCUCGGCCACGCUGCGCAAGUGGACGCAUCUCAAGGCCCGCCUCAUGCCCUACCUCUUCUCCCAGGCCCUGGAAUGUGUGCGCGACGGCCUGCCGCUGAGCCUGCGGGCUAUGUGUAUUGAGUUUCCGGACGACCCGACGGCGUGGACGCUCGACAGGCAGUUUAUGCUGGGUGAUAGUCUGCUGGUGGCGCCCGUGUUUGAGGAGGACGGCACGGUGCAGUUCUACCUCCCUGCGGGCAAGUGGACGAACUUUUUCACUGGGGAGGUGAAAGCUGGUUCGGCGUGGUACACGGAGACCCACUCGUUUGCUACGCUGCCGCUCUAUGUGCGGCCUAACACGCUGUUGGUGCUGGGCAAGGAGGGCGAGACGAGGACGGUCUACGACUACACGGGCGAGGUGGAGGUCAGGAGCUACUUUGCUGGUGAGGGUGCCAAGGCGGUGUUGGUGGACAGUGAGGGCAAGACGGCGGGCGUGUUGGAGGUGAAGAACGGGGAAAUUACGGGAAAGGAGGCGCUGAAGGGUGGUUGUGAGAUCAAGGUUGUAAGCGAAUAGGGGGUCGGUGGACUCGGGGUGCAGCACCACUGCUUAGUAGUAGGCUGAAAGUGAGGAGAGGACUACUAGUACUGUCUAGUAGUAAUUACAUGCCGCCCAGGACGGAGAUAAAAACGGCACAUAGGCACCUAGCUUACCACACUAUCACUAAUGGAUAUCUCAAGAGGGGGUAUGCUGUGACUGGACGAAGGCGGACACAGAAGUGUGUAGCCCUCAUAGUAG